AUGGAGGUGAUAAACCCUCGAGCGGCGUUGCUCUCCAACUUUGAGGUGCUCGGCCUUCUCAAAGAACUCGAGGCGGACCACCUCGCGCGCGCCAAGACCGCGCAGCGCAUCAAGAAAGAGGAAGAGGCUGCCGGCGCCGUGCCAACUCACAAUUCAACUGAUCAACAGACUUGCGAGCACCUCCGUACCAUCCAAGUUGAGGCUAUCCAGUACCUCGACGCGCCGUACCACCCCACCGCGCGCCAGACGCCGCAAGGAAUCACCACCCUCCUUAAAGGUCUCGCUCCGUAUGGCCUUACCAAGGCCGAGAAGCUGCAGAUGGCCAACCUCGCGCCGACGACCGCCGUCGAGCUCUACACCGUCGUCGAAGAGCUCGAGGACCGGCUCACCGAAGCCCAAAUCAACGAAGUGCUCGAGCUCGUCCAAUCCUCGCUCACGUCCACCUCCGGUCCCGUAAUCACGAACGGGCAACCGCCGCCCGGAGAAGCGGAGGAGCUGAUGCUCCCCGAUGCGGACGCCGAGGGCGAAGACGCCUGGGGCGACGCGGACGCGGACGGGCAGUGGGACCAGGACGCGAACGCGGUCGACUUUGACGACGUGGGCGAGGGCGCCGGCGUCGAGGGCGAUCUCGACAUGGAGGAGGACUAGUGACGCACCACCACCAACCCUCCGUCCUCACUCGCCUUGGCGUCCAACAGCCUACAGGGCUUACCAUCUGCUUCACUACACCUCAUAAACGUCACAGUGCGCGCUCGCUGCCCACUUGCGACCCGAUGUGCUGCCGCCCACCGCGCAGUAUCAGAGGCCGAUGAAGCGCGUCGCCGGGACGUUCCUUGCCAUGACACGCAAAUCCUGCACCACUCUCGAGGAGCAUUCGCUGGCAAUAUCCUCGUUCCGGUUGAUUAGUAUAAGCUGCAUAUAGCCAAGCGCUUGUUCGUGCCUGUGUCGUCCCCGACAUGCGAGGCUUACGUUCUACGUUAAGCUGAUGUAUUCUCCUACCUCAACGUGCUUACGAUACAUACCCGCCGAAGCGAAAAUUGUACUGUAUUGAAUGUAAAGCAAUGUAAAC